AUGGAACAGAAAACUCUUCUGAUAUCAGCAGUAAGUGCUAGCGUUGGAGUUGGAGUUGGAUUUGGAAUAGCCAAUUCUAGACAAAACGUUUCUAAAUGGGGACGUACUUACUCUUUCUCAUCCUCAAAUUCCGUUACUGCUAAUCAAAUUGAGCAAGAAAUGAUUCGGCAAAUCAUUGAUGGAAGAGAUAGUAACGUUACUUUUGAUAAAUUUCCUUACUACUUAAGUGAGGAGACAAGAGUUUUGCUUACGAGUGUUGCUUAUGUUCAUUUGAAGCAUGCUGAAGUUUCUAGAUAUACUCGUAAUCUCACUCCGGCUAGUAGAACAAUUCUUCUCUCAGGACCUGCUGAACUUUACCAGCAGAUGCUUGCAAAGGCUUUAUCUCAUUACUUUGAAGCCAAGUUACUUCUAUUGGAUUUAACUGAGUUUUCAUUGAAGAUUCAGAGUAAAUAUGGUUCUAGCAACAAAGAAUAUUCUUUCAAAAGAUCCACUUCAGAGUCAACUUUGGAGAAGCUAUUUGGGUCAUUUUCAAUCUUUUCGCAAAGGGAAGAACCUAAAGUUGCAGGAAAAAUGCACAAGCAAAGAAGUGGAGUGGAUCUAAAAUCAAUGGGUGAUGAAACAUCUUGUAAUCCUCCGAAGCUCCGCAGGAAUGCUUCUUCCACUUCAAAUAUUAGUGGCCUUACUUCUCAAAGCAAUCCUACAAAUUCAGCUCCUUUGAAGCGCACAGCCAGCUGGUCUUUUGAUGAAAAAUUACUUAUGCAGUCUCUUUACAAGGUUCUACUUUCUGUGUCAAAAACCUAUCCAAUUGUGCUAUAUCUGAGGGAUGUUGAUAGGUUAUUAUGUAGAUCACAAACCAUAUACAACAUGUUCCAAAAAAUGUUGAAGAAACUCUCUGGACCGAUUCUGAUUCUUGGUUCGCGAGUUUUAGAUUCUAGUAAUGACUUUGAAGAGAUGGACGAGAAACUUAAUUUGCUCUUCCCGUAUGAUAUAGAAAUCAGACCUCCAGAAGAUGAAUCACAUCUUGUCAGCUGGAAGUCUCAACUGGAAAAGGAUAUGAAGAUGAUACAAGUUCAGGAUAACAAGAAUCAUAUCACAGAAGUGCUUGCAGCCAAUGAUCUUGAUUGCGAUGACUUGGAUUCUAUCUGUGUGGAAGACACAAUGGUUCUCAGCAACUAUAUAGAAGAGAUUAUUGUGUCAGCGGUCUCUCAUCACUUGAUGAAAAACAAAGACCUUGAAUACAGAAACGGAAAACUCAUUAUUUCUUGCAAUAGUUUGUCGCAUGCAUUGGGUAUAUUCCGAGCGGCAAAGUUCAGUGGAAGAGAGACAUCGAAAUUGGAAGAUCAAGCACUAAAAUCUGAGAUUCCAAGUGAGGUUGAAACUGUUCUGGAACCAGCAGUGAAAGCUGAAAAGAAGGCUGAAAGUGCUGCUCCUGAAAAGAAGGCUGAAAGUGCUGCUCCUGAAAAGAAGGCUGAAAGUGCUGCUCCUGAAAAGAAGGCUGAAAGUGCUGCUCCUGAAAAGAAGACUGAAAGUGCUGCUCCUGAAAAGAAGACUGAAAGUGCUGCUCCUGAAAAGAAGACUGAAAUAUCAACUUCAGUAGCAAAAGCAGGUGUUGAAAAAUCAGUUCCACCGUCAAAAACUGCUGAAGUUCCUGCUGAUAACGAGUAUGAGAAGCGAAUAAGGCCUGAAGUUAUACCAGCAAAAGAGAUUGAUGUAACAUUCGCUGAUAUUGGUGCCUUAGAAAAAACAAAAGAAUCCCUUCAAGAAUUAGUGAUGCUUCCUCUCCGAAGGCCAGACCUUUUCACUGGAGGACUUCUAAAACCAUGCAGAGGAAUAUUGCUAUUCGGGCCUCCUGGAACUGGGAAAACAAUGCUGGCAAAGGCCAUUGCAAAGGAAGCUGGAGCAAGUUUCAUUAAUGUAUCCAUGUCUACCAUUACUUCUAAAUGGUUCGGUGAAGAUGAGAAAAAUGUUCGCGCUUUAUUCACACUAGCAUCCAAAGUCUCUCCAACUAUUAUAUUUGUCGACGAGGUUGAUAGCAUGCUUGGGCAACGAUCAAGACACGGGGAGCAUGAAGCCAUGCGGAAAAUAAAGAAUGAGUUUAUGUCUCAUUGGGACGGGCUCACGACAAAACAAGGAGAGCGCAUCCUUGUUCUUGCAGCAACCAAUAGGCCGUUCGACUUGGAUGAAGCUAUUAUAAGGCGAUUCGAAAGGAGAAUUAUGGUAGGACUGCCAUCUGUUGAGAACAGGGAAAAGAUAUUGAAAACUCUUUUGGCAAAAGAAAAGGCCGACGCAGAAAUUAAUUUUAAGGAACUCGCAACCAUGACAGAAGGAUAUACCGGAAGUGAUCUUAAGAAUUUUUGCACAACCGCUGCUUACCGGCCUGUUAGAGAGUUGAUUCAACAAGAGAGGUUAAAUUAUCUGGAGAAGAAACAGAAAGGGACCAAGGGACAGAACAACAAUACCCUAAAAGCAGAAGAGGAAGUUCAACCAGAAAGAAUUAUUACUCUUAGGCCAUUGAAUAUGCAGGAUUUCAAAGAGGCUAAGAGUCAGGUUGCUGCAAGCUUUUCUGCUGAGGGUGCUGGAAUGGGUGAGUUGACUCAGUGGAAUGAGUUGUAUGGAGAAGGGGGUUCUAGGAAGCAAAAACAGUUGACCUACUUCCUAUGA